AUGAGCGUCAGUCACGACGAAGUCGACCGAGUACUCCAUCUCAAGCGCCAAGAGCGGGAACCAAAAGCCUGUUAUCCCUGUCGAAAGAGGAAAGUCAAAUGCGAUGGCAGUCAACCCUGUCGGACGUGCCAGAAGCGGGAUCAUCCUCAUAUUUGCACGUUUGAUGUGCCGCGAGGGCCAAGGCGCCGACAGGGCUCUCAGGCCAGCGCCAAUGCCCAAUCGGCAGCUUCGGUCUCUCCCAGAAGAAUACAGUCAGAAGUGAGGAACCCCGCUGAAACAUCGACACCGGCAUCUCUACGGCCAGACGACGCAGUCAAGAAUUAUGUUUAUUCAGGAGACAACUCCCUUGUCUCGAUCCUGCGUUCGCGGGCAUCAGAUUCUAAUGAAUCGAUGGCUCGGGAGGUCGGUUCGGUUCUAGGACUGCAGAAUACUUUCAGUUUCUACCCGUUCAUGGAUCCGAAGACACCCCAUGAACGAUGGAAGUCGUUGCUCAGCGUGUUGCCGCAGAGAACGGAGGUCCUGAAGUUCUUCCAUUAUUAUCGUGUUACGGCCUAUCCAUUUAAUCCUAUUUUGGCUGAUAUGGACCGCUUUGAGUCGGAUCUGUGCACGUAUCUCAAUGCACAUGCUACUGAGGAGUUACGGAAUCAGGAUAAGAUCACAGAAAAAUGGGCUACGGACAAGUCUGUCGGUCAUAUUAGUCUCCUCUUGGCUACGUUGGCUGCGGGGGCACAUUACUCGGAUAUCGAAUAUCCGCAGCGAUUGGAACUUGCAACGGAUUUUGCCCGCCGCUCUUUCCAUGCACUUCGCCUGGCGAACUUCCUUUUCCGGCCCUCACUCGACAUCAUCCAAACACUUGUCAUCCUCGGUAACACAAUACAAAAUAUGGGCCAAUCUGACGCUGCUUGGGCAUUCCUGGGAACGACCAUUCGACUUGCUCAGACGAUGGGUCUGCACACCGAGCGAAGUACCAUUCACUGGCCCGAGUAUGUGCGAGCUAAAGUCAAAAAGCUGUGGUCGACUAUCGUAUGGCAAGAUAGCUUACUAUGUUUGUGUUACGAUCGCCCUCCAAUUGUUACACUCGCCGGUUGGUCUCUCGAUAGCAGUCUUUUACAAAGACAGGACCUGUCAUAUCGGGAGGUGAUGCAUUUUCUCACUCGACUGGGACUGGACAUCAUGCGACCGGAAAUAUUCGGCGCAAGCGAAGCUGACCGAUCAAUUGAGGCUUUACAACAGAUAGAUACCCUCUAUCAACGCGGGAAGCCACACUUGCAAGCACGGGAAAACUGUAUCACUUUUCAAGAGCACCUCGAACACCUCGCAUUGAAGAUGCAUUCCUCUUUCUGCGUGUCGGUGGUUUGUCGUCCUGCAAUGAAACAGUCACAGACCCAACCUCUCCUUAUGCAGACUGAAAUACUUCGCGCCAGAGCAAAGGGGAGCUUGAUUGAUGCAUCUCGCGCAUUUCUAGACUUCCAGGCACUGAGUGUUGUCCCUCUACGCAGUUGGUCAAUGGUGCAUACUGUCUUAAGCUCGACCUUGCUUCUCUGUAUUUGGGAAGAGACUCGAAAUGAUCCCGAAUGUCGGGACCUGCAGCAAAAGGUCAUUGAUGUGUUUUCUUCAGCCGACUCAAAAGCGUCAGAUGAGGGGGGUUUGAUAUCGGAAAAUGAAGGGCAAUGGUUGUCUGCACGACAUAUUCGGGCCCUCAUUACUCUACGAAGUGCUUUGGAUCAACAGCAGGAUAUGAGCGUUCCGGAAAAUGAGACAUGGACAGGCUCUGGUGUUAAUCCUGCCCAAUUUGCUUCGGGUUUCCCCGAUAGCUUUUUUGAGUAG